GGCCCCGGGGCUGCUCGGCCGGCGUGGCCGCUCCAGGGGCAGCAGCCGUUCGUCCCACCCCGCGUGGGGCUCUUGGGGCUCCGGCCGUGGGGACACGCCACGCCACGGGCACCCAGCAGCGCUCUCUGGGCUGUCUCGUUAAAGUCUUGAGAAACAGCUCCUGUUUCGUUCGCCACGGUGAUGAGGCCACCAGUACCUUGGGAAUAUUGGAGUGAUGUUGCAGGGACCGCUGCUGGCCUUGCUAUAGAAACUGUAGAUGGUGAAGAACAUCUCGAUAUGUCAGUGAAUUUGAAGGCUGAUAGGCACACUAUUCUCACAACCCAGUUAGCCUUCCACAGGGUACAUUUUAUUCCAAAAAAAAAAAACAAAGCUGUACCAUAUGCAUUAGAGGAAACGGUCACAAGUGACAUAAAGAUACCAGAAUACAGAAUGAUCCUGUUGUUCUCCUGCUCCACUUAAUUCAGCUGUCUUUUCCCAUAAAGGGCUUCUUCAUUCAUGGCUUGGGCCAGGCACUCAUAGGAUGGACCAUCGACUCUCCUGCAGGCAUUGAAGUGACUUCACGAACACUGGCUGUGAGCCAAGGUCGUCACACAGGUGGCACAUCUUCUCAGAGAAAAAGGUUUAGAGAGACAUGGAGCUUGAAAGAAUCAUUCGAGACACACUGACACGCUUCAUCCAGUCCCACAUCCCCGCAGCAGAUCUCAGUGGGAUGGAUGAUGUUUUCUUCUCCUAUAUCACGGGUGUCCUGGAAGAGCUGGGCUCACCAGAGUCCUCUGAGGAGAUUUUUGACAUGGACGCCUUUGUGGAAAUGAUGGAGGCAUAUAUCCCUGGAUUUGCAGAAAUCCACAGUGGGGAUGUUUGUGAAAUGAUGUUCUCCCUCUCAGAAAGGCUUGGCGAAGCUCGCAACAAAGAAAAACCUGGCCAAAAGGCUGUGGAAAGCAGGAAUGAAGCACCCUCUGAAGACCUCACCAAGGGCCAGGAGCCUGGAGCUGGAGCCUGCAACGGGGAAAGGCUGUGCACUGUAACAGACGGAGCCAGGGCCCAGGAAGGCGAUGACUUGAAGGAUGGGUUGGAGCUGCUACUGGAGAUGUUCCCAGCCUGUACCGUGAGCCAGGCAGAGAAGGCUCUUGCCAUGGCCUUGGGGAACUUGGAGGAGGCAGUGCAAUUAAUUGUGGAGGAGAAGGUGGAAACGGGCCCGGCAGGUGUGAGUGUGAAGGAACUGGCACGGCCCCGCAGAACACCCAACCACGAGGAACUAAAACAGGUUAUCCUGCAGAAAUACAUGAUGGUGGAUAGUGCAGAUGAUCAGAAAACACAUCGGCCAGCUCCACCUAAAGAGGCUCCCAAGAAGUUGAUCCGCUAUAUUGAUAACCAGGUGGUGAGUACAAAAGGAGAGAGGUACAAAGACAUCAAGAAGCCUGAGAGUGAAGAGAUGAAAAGGACCUACAUCAGCCUAAAACCAGCCAGGAAAUACAAGUUCCACUGACAGCCAGGUUCUGCUCUUCAGCCUUCCACCUCACUGGCCAGGCAUGGCAGGAUGGACUGUGGUGCUAGGAAUGAGGGACUCCUCCACCUGCAGCUAACUUGAACUAACCUGGGAGCCAGGACACUGUUUUCAGCUUCCUCAGCUAACCUGGUUGACAAGGAGGAGAUUUCUCUCCCUUGUGUAGCUAUCCCUCUGCCCUCAGGGGCACACUGCGGUGGCUCUCUGGGGCCUGGGCAUUCUCUGCUAUUCCUUGCAUGGGACAUUUUUAGAUCUGAGAUGUGGCUUGUGCUUUUGCAGCAACCUUUUUAACAAGUCUGUGUGCACUGUUGCUCUGAGUGCCAGUAUUAAUAAAGAUGAUGUGAGUUGGUGUGUA